GGGAGCAGUCAUAUGAAGUGCAAGACUGAUCUCUUCGAGAAUAAUCUCCAAUGUCCUCCAGAUCAUGAUGCUCACAAAAUGAUCUUGCAGCCAACGCUUAGCUCUUCAGACGACUUCUUUCUAUUCCACAAUGACUAUCCCACGGAACAGGUUCCGCGAUUGGCAGCUUACCCCACGCAGAGCUGCUUAUGUUCUAUCAUGUUAGGUCUGGCGAGGCAAUUCCGCAAGAGGAGACCAACGCUUUGUGGCAAAGUAUAAAAAGGGAAGUUAAGGCUGCACUACUUGUACUUUGUUCCUACUGUGAAGUGAUCAUUGUUCUUCCUCGAGUCUCGCAGUGCUUCCCCACUCAAACCCUCAUCAAUGCCCAUGGCAGAAACUCCCAUCAGGAACCCUACUCAACCCUCAUAUUCUGCGAAGUCACCGAAGAAAACUGGCGCGCCGUAGCAAACCUGAGCCCUAAAGCCGGCCAGAUAGGAAACCUCGCCCCCAACGUCUGGACUCCUGCGAAGCGCAUUACUCCGAAGACGCGUGGGUACGAGCCAUCUACGCCGACGAGACGGUUGUCGGCAUGCUUAUGAUGGUAAAUAUGGGAUCCUGAAAAGGCAUACUACAUUUAGUGAUCCAUGAUUGAU